GUCACACUUUGAGGUAGGUAUAUAAAAGAAAUACCCAAAAAAAAAGAGAAAUAGUCUCAAAAUGAACAUAAUAUUGAUUCUAGGUUUGGUUGCUCCUUUUGUCUCAGCAGGAUCCUACAGAAAUGAAGUUAUGUCACAUACAAACUGGCGCCUUAUCGAUACCAAUCAAUGUGGACUAGUAAAAUUAUAUCCAAGAAUAACAAAAGGAGAGAAUGCAAAAAUAAGUAGAUUUCCAUGGAUGGUUCAAGUACUACAAAGGAAUGUUAUUGGCAAAAAUCGAAUUGUAGAUAAAUACGUUUGUAGUGGAGCAUUAAUUAAUAAACAAUAUGCAGUCACAGCAGCUCAUUGCGUUGCAGGCAACGAGAGAAUAACUAAAUUCAUACGACUUGGAGAAAGUGUAAACGUUGUUUGCGCCCAAUCCCUGGAUGAUUGUUUAUCCAGAAGAGUUAAAAUUGAAGAGAUUAUCGUUCACGAACAAUAUGACGGAACUACCUUUGAAAAUGACAUAGCUCUAAUUCGUUUAGAUGAUGAAGUAAAAUUUAACACAAACGUUAUACCCGUCUGCUUGCCAACGGAAGAUCUUCUAGAGUAUCGGUUCCUUGGUGAAAAAGUAGAAAUUGCUGGUUGGGGUCUAGAUUCCUCAGAAGUUCCUUCGCAAAUUCUUAAAUUUGUAACCUUGCCAAUUAGAGAUCGAUGUGUAUGCGAAGGGAUCUUUAACCAAACGGUUGACGAAAGACAAUUAUGUAUCGGCGUUGAAACGGGCGAAGACACGUGUCAAGGUGAUUCUGGAAGUCCUGUUGUAUGGAAAAGACAAGAACAUUUUCAAACCAGGCACUAUUUUAUAGGUUUAACAUCAUAUGCCAAUGAUGAGGAUUGUGGCGAAGGACCCGCAUUAUACACAAAUUUAAAUCAGUUCGUAAAAUGGAUAUUGAAUAAUAUGUAUGGUAGUGAAUACGACCUUUUAUUUGGUCAUGGCAAACCUGAAAUUGUAUCAAAACCUGAACCUGAAAUUGUUUCAAAACCUAACCCUGAAAUUGUAUCAAAACCUGAACCUGAAAUUGUAUCAGAACCUGCACAUGUACAUGUACUAAAACCUGAAAUUGAAGCAGAAGAUGGCUCAUUUAUUAGUAACGAGAUUUAUUCCGAAUCAGAUUCAGACAGUGAAGAAUAACCAAACCUACUUUAAAUGACCCAAAAAAACAUAAAUAUUAAGCAAUAUAUUAAAUUUAUUGAAAAGCAUUUUUAUU